CACCUAACCUACUAUUAAACCAUCAUGUCUGAACAGCUGACUUUUUACUUUAACAAGUUCUCGCACUAUAGCCACAAGGUCGAGCUGGCUCUUAUCGAAGCCAAUGCACCCUACAAGGCCCACCAAGUCGAUUUCUUCAACUUACCAGAGUGGUUCCUCAAAGUGAAUCCCGUUGGCCAGGUGCCGGCUGUGGCAUACGGGGGACCCAGUGUCGAACCCGAUGAUCCUUCGCCCCUGUCCGCUAAAAUCGCAGAAUCCGAUGUUAUACUCGAGUUCUUGGCGGACCUCUAUCCAGACUCUGGCCUCUUGCCAAAGGAUCCUGUUUUGCGUGCCAAAGUCCGUUUCUUCAUCAAUGCGAAUGCUAAGCACAUCGAGGAUCCGCUGUACGCCUUCAUCAGAAAAAACGAGCCAUAUGAGAAUGUCUUGAAGGGGAUUGAAUUUAUACAAGGCCUUCUCGAGGAGGGUAGUGAUUUCACAGUUGGAGAUCAUUACACCAUUGCAGAUGCGUGCAUCACUCCACACCUCGCAAGGCUCAAGACCAUCACCGAACAUGACAUAGGGAAUUUCCCUGUCGGGAUGGGGUAUAAGCUAGGCGAGGAGUUAAAGGCGCCCAAGUUCGCCAAAUUCAUGAAAUAUAUUCAGCGAACACUGGAGCGUCCGAGCUUGAAGCAAACCUAUGAUGAGGAGUUUGUUAUCACAUUAUUCAAGGCGUUUUUCCCUGCGCGCGCACAGUGAACAUAUACAUGAUGACAGAUACCAGUUUUGCAUGACAAAACUUCCUAGCUGUCAGAAUUUGCAGUAUAUCCAAGCGAGUAAU